UGAAGCAAGAAUGAACUAACUUAGCCUCCAGUUCUCAAUCUACACGUAUCUCUUGAAGCAUCUUUCUCCUUGGACCUGUGCCGGCUAUAAAUGUACUGCCUAUCAACAUCCAUUGUGCCAUCAUCGUAGUGAUUGUGAAGCAGCUUGCCCACCAGUCACCACCACAUCCUCCAUUCUCCUUAGCGUACGUCUUGAGAUCCAAGGAGCUAGCAAGCAAUGGCGCAUCUGCGGCUCCACGGCACCAUCAAUGCUACCAUCCUGGGGGCCGACAACAUCCACGAUCGCUCCCGCCACACCGGCAUCGUCCCCAGCUUCCUCGGCAAUAUUGUGCAAGGUGUCCAGGAAACGACGAGUCUCGGCAAGGGCCUGUCGCGGAUGUACGCGGCCAUCUACCUCGGUAGCGCGUGCAUCGCCCGGACGCGUACCAUCGCCGUCCCUGCAGCCGGAAGCGCGCGAUGGAACGAGCCACUCCGCGCUUACUGCGCCCACCACGCCGCCGACGUCGUCAUCUCCGUCAUGAUCGAGCAGCUCGGCCUCAACGACGACACGGUCCUCGGCCGCGCCUACCUGCCCGCCCGGGAGCUCCUCAAUGCCAAUGGCACAACAAUCGACCGCUGGUUCGAUGUCCUUGGCACGGACAGGAACAAGCUCCCCGACGGGCCCAAGAUACACGUCCAGAUCAGCUUCCGCGAUGUCGCUGACCAAGGCCUGGCGUGGGGCGGCGGCGUCGGCGAUGGCGUGGUGCCCCACACCUUCUUCUCCCAGAGGCCGGGCUGCAGGGUCACCCUGUACCAGGACGCGCACGCGUCUGCGGAGUUCGACCCCAAGAUCCGGCUCGACGGCGGCGGGCUCUACAAGCCCGGGCGCUGCUGGGAAGACAUAUACGACGCCAUCAGCAACGCACGGCACCUGGUCUACAUCACCGCCUGGUCCAUGUUCCCCCACAUCACGCUGGUUCGGGAGCGGGACGGCCGGCAGGAAACCCUCGGCGAGCUCCUGAAGCGCAAGGCCGGCGAGGGCGUGCAAGUGCUCCUGCUCGUGUGGAACGACAUCUCCUCCAUUGAUGGCCUGCACGAGGUCGGCGUCAUGGACACAAGGGACCAGCUCACGGCCAAGUACUUCCGCGGCAGCCGCGUGCAGUGCGUCCUCUGCCCGAGGAACUGGUCCGUCAGAGGCUACAUCUUGGACGCCAAGACGCCUGUCGACACGGUCGUUUACAGCCACCACCAGAAGGCCAUCACCGUCGACCAGGAGCUACCUGCUUCGUCGGGGUCGGACGGGCGCCGCCAGAUCGUCAGCUUCCUCGGCGGCCUCGACGUGUGCAACGGCCGCUACGACACGCAGUCCCACUCCCUGUUCAGGACGCUGGGCACGGGGCAGGCGCACAACAACGACUUCAGCCAAAUCAACUUCAGCGACGAGGCCGCGACGCUCGACAAGGGCGGGCCCAGGACGCCAUGGCACGACAUCCACGCCAAGGUCGAGGGCGCCGCGGCGUGGGACGUGCUCCACAACUUCGAGCAGCGGUGGAGCAAACAAGGCGGCGGCAAGGAGCACCUGGUCGACCUUGUGGCCCUCGAGGGCAAGGUUGCGCCGUCCUCGUGGCCGGUGACGCUUCCCGGCGACCAGGAGGCGUGGAACGUGCAGCUGUUCCGGUCCAUCGACAGCAUCUCCACCGUCGGCUUCCCCGACUCCAUGGAGGAUGCCUAUGAGGCCGGUCUCAUCCAAGACAAGCAUCGAGUGUUCGAGAGGAGCAUCCAGGACGCCUACAUCCACGCCAUACGUGCCGCAAACAGCUUCAUCUACAUCGAGAACCAGUACUUCGCCGGCAGUUCCUUCCAGUGGAAAACCCACGACGGCAUAGACCCGGCGGACGUCGGGGCGUGCCAGCAGAUCCCCAGAGAGCUAUCGCUCAAGAUCGUGAGCAAGAUCGAGGCCGGCGAACGCUUCGCUGUGUACGUCGUGGUGCCCAUGUGGUCGGAAGGCACCCCUACUGGGCGAUACAGGCAGGCGAUGCUGGACAACCAGAGGAGGACAAUGGCCCUGAUGUACGACGACAUCGCCGUUGCGCUGCAGGCCAAGAAGAUCGACGCCGACCCCAGGGACUACCUUACCUUCUUCUGCUUAGGGAACCGGGAGGCCAAGAGCGAGGGCGAGCACCUGCCCGCGAAACACCCAAAGGACGGGACGGACUAUGCCAGGGCGCAGAAGGCACGCCGGUUCAUGAUCUACGUUCACUCCAAGAUGAUGAUAGUUGACGACGAGUACAUCGUCGUGGGAUCUGCCAACCUCAACGAGCGGUCCAUGGCGGGGGACAGGGACAGCGAGAUAGCCAUUGGCGCGUUCCAGCCACACCGUGUAAACACCGAUGCCGAGCUCGCCAAGGGGCACGUCCAUGGCUUCCGGAUGUCGCUGUGGCACGAGCACCUCGGCAAGACGCACGACGACUUCCUCCGCCCGGGGAGCCUAGAGUGCGUCCGGAGGGUCAACAAGAUGGCCGAUGAGUACUGGAACCUCUACGUCGGCGACCAGCAGCUCACGGACGACCUCCCAGGCCACCUGCUCACCUACCCCGUCGCCGUAAGCAAGGCCGGCACGGUCUCGACGCUCAAGGGCUUUGAAUUCUUCCCUGACACGAAAGCUCCCGUGCUUGGUAAGCCGACUGGAAUAAAUGACUAUUUUAUGAGCAUAUAGAUCCAGGUUUGCUGCUCCUAGCUAGUGUUGAUUAAUCCUGGCACCUCAGCUGUCUUAGUUAGGAUUUAGUGAUUUUCUUAAAAUUGUUCUCCGUUUUCUGUUAGCUAGUUUGCUAGCGUGAGCCACGAUUUGUACCUCGAGCGAGCUGCUUGCAUGUUCUGAGUCCUUGGGAUGGCGCGGAGAGACAUGAGCACGAUCAGCACGAUCGUUUUCUCUUUGAAUAAAUGAAGGAAGAUGUCAAAAACGUUGCAGACAUUUAUGCAGCGCAAAAA